CCGCGCCCCGAGUUCCAGGGCCCUCUCAGUGGGUCGGGUUGAUGGAGGAUGGCUCUGGACCAGGGCAGGAGCCUGCCCGAGGUGCUGGCACGAGUUGGGGCCUCGCAUGGCAUCACCGACCUGGCCCGCAAGCUUCACUUCUAUGACCAAUGGGCCCCAGACUAUGACCAGGAUGUGGCCGCCCUGCAGUACCGUGCUCCCCACCUCGCAGUGGACUGCCUCACCCAAGCCCUUCCAGGCCCGCCCCACGCUGCCUUGAUCCUGGACGUGGCCUGUGGUACUGGCCUAGUGGCUGCAGAGCUGCAGGCUCGGGGCUUCCUCCGGCUGCAUGGGGUGGAUGGGAGCCCAGGGAUGCUGGAACAGGCCCGGGCCCGUGGCCUCUACCGGUGCCUCAGCCUCUGCACCCUGGGCCAGGAGCCUCUGCCCAGCUCUGAAGGGACCUUCGAUGCAGUGCUAAUGGUGGGCGCCCUGAGUGAUGGCCAGGUGCCCUGUAGUGCGAUACCUGAGCUCCUGCGAGUUACCAAGCCAGGUGGGCUGGUGUGUCUGACCACCAGGACCAACCCAUCCAAUCUGCGAUACAAAGAGGCGCUGGAGGCCACCCUUAACAGGCUGGAGCAGGCCGGGGCCUGGGAACGCCUGGUGGCACGGCCGUGGACCGGUGGGAACUGGCCACCUCCGCGCUUGAGGUGGGGCCUGGUGCCUCUGACAGCGACGGCUUCAUCUCUGGCAUCAUCUACCUGUACCGAAAGCAGGAGGCAGCCCAGGCUGAGGGAGUGAGGCCCAGUGCCUAGCCCGCAGCUGACCUCCGACCCUCCACGAGGCCUCAGCCAGGACCGUCCUUGGGCCUCCG